CAUUCGGUUCGGAGUUGUCGGGGAGUGAAAAGACGUACAAAGUUCGGUUGCACGCAUGAUCUCGUCUUAGUUUGUAUUUAGCGUUGCGGCAGGGAUUACGGAAAUAAAAAAUAUUUGUGCAGAUAAUAUAAACCAGUAAUUAUUAAAGCUUACAACUUGGCACGACCUCAGCGACAGAUAUCACAUCACACCAGUUUCCCUCGAUUCAAUCUCUCAAGCAUGCAGAAGUAGAUACAUAUGUAUCUAUCUGAGAGCGGACCGAAAGAAAGCGCGAGACUUCGCCGGGCUUUAUUUUAUAAAUAUAAGUUCGCGAGAACGCUAACAUAAGCGAACGUGAAUGCGAGUAUAAAGUGCCCGAGUGUGUGCGUAGAGAGCGUCAAUUAAAUUCAAUAAAUCAUAAAUAAGUGUGUACUAAAUCCUGCUUUUUGAGUGGCUUGUGUGACUGUGACUGAGCGACUCUGUUUAAAACUGUGAUUUAAUGGCAUGUUGGAGCUCGCAGAGCGCGAAAUAAAUUAAAGAGAAAUUACGAAUGAACAAAAUUUAAUUUUUAAUGAAUUUCGAUGAAAUUUCAAUCACCAACUUCAACUAAAAUGGAUAUCUGCCGUCUCUGGAUACUCGUGUCGCUGUCCCUGCAGUUGCAUCUGCUGCCAGGCCUACUGGUUGAUGCCUUUAACUUUUCGCCGCGUGCAAACCUAGUGAUAGGCGCCCCCCAACAUUUGCGUUUUCACUUGAACCAAACGCGCAGCUCCUACUUUGGAUACACCCUGGUGAUACGUCCAACCAGUGUCAUUGUAGGAGCCCCGCGCGCCCAGUCGUCCCUGGAGUCACAGCGCCAGAUCAAUGAGACCGGCGCCAUUUACAGGUGCUCCUUGAGUACCGGUUCCUGCAACCCAUAUGUCCUCGAUCCCAAUGGAAACCGAGACGCUCCGUUCAGCGAGUACACCUACGACUCGGAGCGAAAGGACUUCCAGUGGCUGGGUGGCUCGAUGGACGGCGGCACUAGCGACGCGGACAAGCUUCUGGUUUGCGCCCCGCGAUUUUAUGCUCCCAGCACAAAGGAUUACCAUAUGCAUGGAGUAUGCUACUGGGUGAAAAACACCCUGGCUGGCAGUCCGGAGCACGUCAAUCGGAUUUCCCCGUUGCGGCUAAAGACGGAUCAGGUGGUGCAGGAGAACAACGAAAUCAACUUCUACUACAUACUCGGCGAGCUGGGACUGAGUGCUCAUGUUUCGGACGACAACAGCAAAUUUCUAAUUGGUGCCCCGGGCAUAUAUACCUGGAAGGGAUCGGUGAUACUCUAUGGGCGAGUUGACCCUGCAGAAAACCCAAGCGUCAGCCGGCGCGACACGAGCAGCGCUCUGCGCCGAAAGACUCGGGAAAGCGACUCCAAUGACUACACACCCGACAACUUUGUCCCGGAAAUUCCCAAGCCACAGAACUGGGGUCAACAGGAUGACUCCUACUUUGGCUAUUCUGUGGCCUCUGGUUACUUUGACAGCACGAACCUAACCACUCUGCUGUACGUGGCCACCGCUCCGCAGGCCAACAGACAAUCCGGCGAGGCAUAUAUAUUCGAUGUUCUGGGCAAGACCAUAAAGAAGUUCCACGUGUUCCGUGGAGAGCAGUUUGGGGAGUACUUCGGCUAUUCGGUCCUCGCCGAGGAUCUCAACGGCGAUGGAAGGACGGAUGUGGUGAUUUCAGCCCCCCAACACUCCCAGGAAGACUCGCACGACAACGGUGCCAUCUAUGUUUUUAUCAACAAGGGCUUUUUCAAUUUUGAGUCGAAACUGCUGCGAUCGCCCAUUGCCAGCAAGGCACGCUUCGGGACUACGCUGACCCGCCUGGGAGACAUUAAUCACGAUGGCUACAAUGAUAUCGCUGUCGGGGCGCCGUUUGCGGGAAAUGGAUCGGUUUUCAUCUACCUGGGUAGCGAGCACGGUCUGCGGAACCAGCCCAGUCAGCGGCUGGAUGCGCCUUCGGGCAAACCUUCAAAGUAUGGGGAACAUAUGUUUGGCCAUGGCCUCUCCCGUGGGUCCGAUAUCGACGGCAAUGGAUUUAAUGACUUUGCAAUCGGAGCUCCGAAUGCUGAGGCCGUGUAUUUGUAUCGUGCCUAUCCUGUUGUCAGGUUAAAAGCUACUGUAAAAUCACAGUCGCGUGAAAUCAAGCCGGAGCAGGACAAGGUGGCAAUCACAGCCUGCUACGGAAUAACCACAACGGCCACAGCGCCGGCAGUCCAGAAGCAGGAGAUGACCAUACGCAUCGUCAUCGACUCACAGUUGAAACGGGCCAAGUUCACUCAGACUCAAAGCCAUGAAAUGAGUUUCACAGUCGACGCAGGACUGACUGAGCAGUGCCAAGUCUUUGAGUGCGUUGUGCGCUACAGCGAGAAGGACAUAUUCACACCCAUCGAACUGGAGAUGCACUACGAACUAACAAAGAAAGUCCCUGAUUCUGAGGAUUUCUGCGAGACCUGUGUCGCUGUUGAUCCCGCAGAGCCGAAGGUCUACACUGAGAAGAUCAUAUUCAGCACGGGUUGCGCAACUGAUAUUUGUAUUGCAGACUUACAACUGAAAAGCAAGGAUGUGAGCCCUACCUACACCUUGGGGAGUGGCAAUACUCUCCGCUUGAACUACGAGAUCACCAACAACGGAGAGACCGCCUAUCUGCCACAAUUCAAUGUAACGAGCGUGCCCCACUUGAGCUUUGCUCAGAUACCGGGCAAUUGCCGGGUUAGCGACACUGGAAUGGUCUGCGAUCUGAACCGGGGGCGACCGCUGGCCAAGGGAGAUAGGGAUGGCAUUACUAUUAGCUUCGAUGUAAGCUCUCUGAGUGGUUUAGCACUUAUAAUAAACGCCGAGGUGUUCAGUACGGGAUAUGAAAAGAAUCCCAUGGACAACAGGCAGACCAAUGUGAUCAGCCUGAGGGAGUACACCGAGAUAGACGCCACUGGGGGCCAAAUAAAUGGCCAAAUUGACUUGGAACACUACAAAAACUCCGCGGAAAUAAUCAACAAUUACGAGAUUAAGAGCAAUGGCCCCAGUAUUAUCGACGACUUGACAUUGUCCUUUCAUAUACCUAUAGCGUAUAAAAUUGCUGGAUCAACUGCCAUCAUACCCAUCAUCAACAUGACCACAUUGAAGAUGCAGGCCACCUACGAUGCUCAGUUGCUGGGUAUAGAGCUGUUCGAUCAGAACAACACCAUGCUCAUCCUAGAUCCAAUAGAAAUUUCCUCCACGCGCGGCAUCCAGAGUACGGAGCGAACGGUGAUUAGACAGAAUGGACAGGGAUACGAUAUUACCACUAGUGGGCAUAUACACCAGUCUUGGCAAGAGCUCGACUCUGAUAUGGUGGCUACCGCUUCCAUGACGCGCAAGCGGCGUGAUCUCAAAGCGGUGACUGCCAACCGCGAGCAGUACGCUCGCAUCUCAAACGCCAAAGCGCACGACCUGCUCAGCGAGGACUUUAAGGGCAAGUUGCCGGUGAAUCGCACAAUUGUAUUUAACUGCAGGGAUCCAGACAUGACGAUCUGCAUCCGAGCCGAGAUGCGUGUCUACAACUUUAGAGCGGAUAAGCCUGUCAACCUGAAUGUUCGUUACUCUGUUGACCUCAAUGAAGUCAAUGCCAUUUUAUUGGAUCCAUGGGAGUACUUUGUCAUCCUGACCGAUCUGGACUUGUUGAAGAAGGGAGACCUGUCCGGCAGCUCGUAUUCCAUCAAUCGGAAGAUUGAGCCAAAUGUGAUAUCCAAACAUCUGCAGUCACGCCUGCCCAUCUGGAUCAUAAUUGUAUCCAUUAUCGGUGGCUUGCUUCUGCUCUCAGCGAUAAGUUAUGCCCUCUAUAAGUUCGGGUUCUUCAAUCGAGCCAAAAAGGAAGAACUGAAUAGACUGGUGAAUCAGAGCCCCGACGAACCCGAGGCUGAGAACCUAAAUAGCGACGGUAAUAACUAACUUUAUUCAAGAGUUUGGCCGAAAACAAGCUGCAAAUUUCAGCAGAUACCAAAUCCUAAUAUUAUUACUUGAAGACGCCAUUACAAAUUGUAUGUUUACUAAGUAUGUGUGUUCUACAUGCAUUUAAAAAGAAAGCGAAAUCGAUUUACGAUAGUCCUCACAAUUUAUAUGAAAGGGUGCAACUUUUAAACCGCGAAAGCAUUGAAUGUUCUUGUUGGUUUGACUUCCUAGUGGUCUACGAUAAGUGCCUUGCAAUUUGUAUUUUACCGACAACUAUUUUAUAUAAAAAAGUGCCUCGUGUGCAACACAGACUUGAUUGCCAUUUGUUGUAAAUAUUUAUUAAACAUUUGUAAUAAUAAAUUUUUUGAAUAGUUUUACUAGUUCUAAGUAACGUUACAAGGCGACGUAAAAGACUUUAUUAAAGUGUAAACAACUGUAAAACCGAAACUAGAUUAUUUUGAGCACAAUACAGCUUUUGUAUAAACUUUUAUGGUAUUAUUUUAGGGGAAGUAUUAAAUAAAAAUUCAUUUUAUAUUACAUGACAAAAAAGAUGGCUUGUAACAGACGGAACUGAUUGAUUUGACUUGUGUGUGUUAUAAAAGUGCACAGGUAGAAUAUCUAAAUGAUCCGUGGAAAAUUUCCAAACAAUUUCCACAUGUAGUAAUUAAGAAAAGUGAUUUUUAUAUUGAAAGAAGACGAAGUUUCUAAAAGCGUUUUGUGAGCGCACUAGAAAUAAUAGACGGUUUAUGUUCAUUUAUGUGGCGUUGUGGUCGAAAACAGCCGGAACAGAACUUCGACAAGUUGGGACUUCUUCCUUAAAAAUGCUUAGUGUUACAAGUGUAUUUUAAGUUGAUAUAUAAUAACUAGAAUCAGUAGUUCUUCAAUCAAAUGCACAGCUAUAUUAAUUAAUUAUAUAUCUCUUAAGACUAAUUAUAGUUUUCGCACAGUGUGGCCCAACAUUAAAAGUUUAGCGAUAAUUUAAAA